AAAACAAAACAAAAAAAACUGUUAUAAGCCCAUGCUGCAAUCACCAACUUCCAGUGACGCCGGGAAGAAAACAUACUCCAGGAUAAGUAAUGACUUAGCAGACCCCAGUUAAUGGUGCAGGGAUGGGAUGGAGGAAAAAAGGCAGUGAGUUUAUUAGAGUUGUGUAUUGGUUCUAAAAACCGAUCCGCUGAGUACCCUAAGGCACAUCACUGCCCUCGAUGGAUUGAUUCUACCAAGCUAAGCUGCCUUGUAGUAGGGUAACCCAGUGACCCUGCCUCCUGGUGAACAGCAAGGGCGGGUGUCAGGGACAUGCCUUCUCCUAACUGCCGCAGAGCUUGAAGCUUGAAGAGAACUCUUAACCCCAGAAGUGGGGGUCGCCGGGAAGUGGCGGUGAUCGCAACUCUCUAUACUGAAACAGGGGUGCGGGCCUGGUUCAGGGUGCAGCCGGCUACCUGAAGAGAUCCUCAUCCAGCGGCUCGAGGUUGAGCACGCUGGUGACCAGCACACUACGGAGGUCUCCGGAAAGGUCGUCGCGGUCGGCGUCGCCCUCCGCAUCCCCUGGGGCUUCUGGCGUUGACAUCCUGACCUCUCACUGUGGGCGCGGAAGACACUACGCUUCUCCAGGGACGCGGAAACUUAUAUAGGCGCACAGCGCUUCCGGCAGGUCGCCCCAGCGGCCGGAAAUCCCGAAGGCUUCUCAGAGUAAGGUGCAGAUUGUGAUUGGCCGAUGUGCCUGUCAAUGAAGAGUGGGCGUGGCUAUCCCUGCCUUACGAUUGGAGAAAAUUUGUGCCACUUUGGGAAUUCUGCCUGUGAUUGGGUAAAUCAGCGAAGGGGCGGAGCCUUGGGGCUGAAUAAUAAGGGAUGAGUGUCAUUUCCCUUCUGACACAGAGCAAAGUCGCCCCCAGGUUGCUGUUGCCGGUGUCUUCUCCGGCUCCUCCCGAGCUCCCUACAGGCCACCCAGUCGGGCCCCCCACCUGGGCCCAUGCCAGCCGGUGCCCAGUGACCUCUGACCCCUGGCGUGAUUCUGGGCUUUGGUGAGAGCCAGUCCCCGGCCAUGGAGCUAGGCAGCUGCUUUAAGACCUACGAGGACUUCAAGGAGUGUUUCAGCGCCUACAAAAAGGAGACCAGGUGCUCCUUCAUUGUCAGGGACUGCAUCUCCGUCCGCUUCCACAACCUCAACCACGGCACCUCCUUCCGCGAGGAUAUCCUAUAUGUGCAGGUGAAAUUUGUCUGUAUUCGGACGCAGUCAAACAGGAAGAGAAUGCGGAAGGUGGACAGGUGUCCAGCAUACUUGCUCCUGCAGUACAACGAGAACCUAGAUAGACUGUUUAUCAGCGAGAUGAAUACCCAGCACAUACAUGUUGACUCUAACACUGCUGGAGGAGCCCCUGCUAGCAAACUUGAGAAGGCAGUGUGUCUGCAUAAACUGCAGCCGUUGCAGCUCAGCAUCAAGAGAGACCUUGAUGCAGCAGAGACACUCCCAGUAGAACCACCAUCUCUCUGCCUAGAUAAGACGCACCUGCCCUCAGACCCAAAGCAGGGGGCCAUCAGCCCUUCUGAUCUGGCCAAGAUAGCAAAAGUGAUGAAAAACUUCCUUUCAGUAGAUGAGGGCUCCAUGGCUUCCUUCAGCGUGGGUACCAGUCAAGACCUGGACCGGCUCAGCUUCCAGAGCAGCAAGAUGAGUGACCUGUUCACCCGAUUCCCUGAGAAUCUCUUGCUGCACCGUGUGGAGAAUAGCCAGGGCCAUAUUCUGUAUGCUUUCUUGGUGGAAAACAAGGAGCGUGAGAGUCGAGUGGUACAUUUCGCUGUGCUCAAGGCUGAGACAGCCCCCUCUGUGGCCAAGAUGCUUAAUAUCUUUACAGAAUUCAACUCUGAUUGGCCCAAGGUCAAGGUGGUCUUUGUGGACCCUUCAUUCCCUUACCGAGCUAUUCUUCAGGAGGUCUUCCCCGCUGCCCGCAUCCUCCUUUCCAUCUAUCAUACCACCCGACUCCUAGAGAAGAAGUUACAUCAAAGCUCUGCAAACGCAUCCUUUAAGAGGCUCAUGAAGGAAGCCCUGCGGGAGGCCGUGUUUGUCUCUUCCGAUGCAAGCCUGAAGAACCUCUGUCAGAUGUCCCAAGCCCUGCUGGAUGAGGAACUCUUCAUGUUCCUCCAGGCCCAUUGGUUCUCCUGUGAACUGCUCUGGUACAUGCAUGUGAGGAAGGGCCUGCAUGCAUGUAACACCUACAUGGACAGCUUGGACAUAGUCACCAGCAAGGUGUCGAGCCUCUUUCGGGAGCAGAGGUCCCUCCUGGACUGCAUCCUUCACUUUGUGGAUUACAUAGACUUCUUUAAUACCAAAGGUCUGAAGAGCUUGCCCACCAAUUCUCCCAAGUUAAAAAGAACUCAGCUCCCCAGCACGCCCCCAAGGCCCAAGAAGCCUUUUAGAGUUUGUGCGGGGAAUGUCACCAGGCUCCCUGUGGAAGAGACAAAGCCAGAUUCCCAGCAGUCUCAAUCACUACAACCCCAGGAUCAAUCCUGCAAAGGUGGCAUGCUGGACAUUUUGCACCAAAGUGGCUCUGAACUAGCCUACAAGCUGUGCUCUAAUGAGUGGGAGGUGGUGCAGAACUCCACCCACCUGGUGGACGUGGCUGGCUCCUCUGUAGCUGUCAAGCUGCUGGAAGACUCACACCAGGUGAGCAAAGACGGCUGCAGCUGCAGCUGCUCCUUCCAGCAGUGCUACCAUCUGCCCUGCCGGCACAUUUUGGCCCUGUUGCACACCAGCCAGCAGCCGGUAGGGGAAGCCAUGGUGUGCUGCCGAUGGCAGAAGAAGUACCAGCACCUCCUGGGACCCAAUGGGGAGCUCCAGGACCGCGCCGUAAUCCCACGCACAGAGCAGCCGGAAACGCAAGGUCACAACCACAGGAUUCAGGACCUGAGCAGGGAGCUGGCAAACCUGCUGAUGCAGACUGAGGGGCCGGAGCUGGAGGAGCGCUGUUCCACCCUGCGCAAGAUUGUGGACAUCUGGGCUGACCCCUAUCAGCUACCCGAGGCCAGUCAGCAGCCAGUUGACUUCAAAGAUGUGGGGUGCCUCCCUUUUCUCUGGGGAAAGCUGGAGGAAGGGGACAGCCUUCCUCUUGCUGAAGCCAUGGUUCAGGAUUGAAGUGUUUGUACUAGUGCACUGCGUCUCCAAACCUUGGAAGUUUGAGGGUUCAAAGUGGGCGGGUCACACUGUAGGUCAGUAUUUUAAUCAAGUGUCUUCCCAGGUAAGGGCUAAGAAGAUCUUAAAGUGGAGGGAUAGGGACACCUCUGUGACAGUCCUUUGACCUGCCCCUUUUCAGCCUUACCUUUGACAUUCUAUACACAGCUCAUUCAUUGUUCAAAGCCAAAGUUAUUCCAUACUGAAAGGUCAUGCCCCUUCCUCCCCAGCCCCAGAGGUCAAAUUGCUUCGACCCUACAGAGAUGAACCCUUGCCCAGGAUAGGAUAAAACACAGUGAGCUUUGUUUUCUGAGACGGAGGGAGGAGGGUGGCCCUUGACUGUCGCUGCUCUUCAGAAAAUACCUGUGAUGUAUUUUUAUUCACAUUAAUAAAGUGACUUUGUUUUUGUUUCA